UUCUCUUGUGGUGGGGCUCUGUACUUUCCCCGUUGUGGAAAAUUUUUCUGCACGGAGACGGUGUUUUGUAUCUGCUAAAAUACAACCAACCGGGUUGUGGACUAUGAUACAAAUUGGUCCUCGAUAAAAUUAAUAUUUCCUUGGAAAAGUUUCUGGUAACAAUAUUUUUUACUUGGUAUCGUAAAAAAUGACGGCAAAGAACAACGAAUUGCUGAAAAACUUGCUCAUCGUCGGGUCGGGUGGGGCUUUCGUCAUCUCUACGUUUCUCGCUACGGUCGUGUUUGACAAAGUUAGUCCGAAUACUACUCUGCCCGAUCAGGAAAUUGAAAUGGGCACUGGCGUCCAACUGACGGACGGGCACAUCGAAAUCUUCAUGGACGCCGUGCUCCUCACCCAGACCAUCGUGGAUAUCAAGGACAUCGUCAAAACUGACGAAAACGGAGAAAAUGCAGAACCCGGAUCGAUCGGGGACCUGUUCCCCGUCGGAACUCCGGCGUAUGGACGGGGCGUUGUGGAAUUUCGGAUCAAAUCAAUUUCACGCGAUCAGAUGCCAAAUUUGGCAAAUCGGAGCCAAAUCUCGAUACCGAUGUUGUACGUAAGACAGGAGACAUUCUCUGAACUGGUGAAGUCGACCGUGAAGCUGGCCUCAAUUGGAAUCAAGAUGGCAGGAUUGAUGGCAUGGAUGGGCGUCCUGUUUGCGAUCGGGUGCAUCAUCGCGGGUGCCGGAUUGAUCUACUUGGAUAAGGCGAAAACCCCGGUGGAGGAGUUGGAUGAAGAUUAAAUUUCAAGAUGUGCAUAACUUGUGAAAAUAUGUAUGUAGUUAUCAUAAUCGCUACUAUUAAAUAAAGCGUGGUAGAAUUUUUUAAAUAAAUUUUCGUUUUUAUUUGCGUAAGAAAAUUUGUGCAGUGGUUACACUUGCUUGAUCAAUUUUCAUUUCAUAAAAACUAGGAAAUUAAAUACUAAAAUUAGAUAUAUCGUAUUGCAUAUAUACGUAUUUCAAAUAAAUAUGCAAAUACAUUAUUUGCAUAUGUAUGUCCGAAGAUAAUGAACGCACUUAUAUAUGUACACAUUUUUUAAGCAUUCGUAAUAAAACAUGGCGUCAUUCAUUAACAAGUCUGAUUUUUAAAAAUGAUUCAUUUUAA